CUCACACUUGCUUCUUGACACUUCUGUGUUCACAAGCAACCGAACAAACCGCAACCAUGGUGCAUCUGUCUGGAGAGGAGAAGGGCGUCGUCACCGGCCUGUGGGGCAAGGUGAACGUGGAUGAAGUCGGUGGUGAGGCCCUGGGCAGGCUGCUGGUGGUGUACCCCUGGACCCAGAGGUUCUUUGACAGCUUUGGUGACCUGUCCUCUGCCUCUGCCAUCAUGGGCAAUCCUAAAGUGAAGGCCCAUGGCAAGAAGGUGCUGCAGUCCCUGGGUGAUGGUAUCAACAACCUGGACAACCUGAAGGGCACCUUUGCCAAGCUGAGUGAGCUGCACUGUGACAAGCUGCACGUGGAUCCUGAGAACUUCAGGCUCCUGGGCAAUGUGCUGGUGUGUGUGCUGGCGCGCCACUUUGGCAAGGAAUUCACCCCUUCCGUGCAGGCUGCCUUCCAGAAGAUGGUGGCUGGUGUGGCCGCUGCCCUGGCUCACAAGUACCACUAAGAAGCUGGCCUCCCCCGUGGAGACCACUGCACCCCAUCUAUCUGUGGAACCUGUCUUCUAAACCCGGAGAAAUAAUACCCACCCUCACAGGUGUGGUUACUGCAUAAUAAAGAACUUUGUGUUCA